AUGGGUUCCGUUGACUUAACAUCGCUGCGCAACAUUCGCAGGGUCCUGGUCGCCAACAGAGGCGAGAUUGCCGUUCGUUGCAUCAAAGCCUGCCGCGAGUUGGGAGUUCGCAGUGUUGCUAUCAUAACAAAUGCUGAUGCAACUUCAUUACAUGCGACGUUGGCAGACGAGGUAGUCUUGCUACCAGGCGAAGACAGCACCGCCUACACCAAUGGUGAGGCGAUUCUCAAGAUUUGCAAAGAGUCAAAUGCAGACGCCAUCAUCCCUGGCUACGGCUUCUUAAGUGAAAAUGUGGAAUUCGCAACCGCCGUUUCCUCUGCCGGCAUUACUUUUGUCGGCCCUUCUUCUGCGUCCAUCAAUGCGAUGGGACUCAAGCACGAAGCCAGGGCUAUCGCCCAAGCCGCAAAUGUCCCUGUAAUUGCAGGCACACAACUCUUGGAAUCCGCCGGAGCAGCCGUAGAGGCCGCAAAGCGUCUGGGUUGUCCCAUCAUUCUAAAGGCCACCGGGGGCGGCGGAGGAAUGGGAUUACAGAUCUGCCAUAGCGAACAAGAGGUUGAGAAAGCAUUCGCCAUGGUUGAGAGCCGGGCCGGCGCCCUCUUCAAGAACAGCGGAGUUUUCUUGGAGAAGUAUUAUCCAAGUUCACGCCAUGUCGAGGUUCAAGUCGCCGGCAAUGGAGAAAUUGUGGUUGCGUUUGGAGAGCGUGAGUGCUCACUGCAACGGCGGCAUCAGAAAGUAGUCGAGGAGUGUCCCAGUCCCUUUGUGGAGCGUCAUCCCGGCCUACGCGAAAAGAUGCUUCAAGCCGCUGUCAAUUACGCGUCACAGCUAAAGUACAAGAGCGUGGGCACGGUCGAAUUUCUCGUGGAUGAUGAGACAGCCGACUUCUUUUUCCUCGAGAUGAACACGCGAUUGCAGGUCGAGCAUGGAAUUACCGAGCUGUGCUAUGGAGUUGAUCUGGUCCAUCUCAUGCUGCGACAAGCCGACUACGAACGCGGUGGCUCUAUCGGGAUCCCAUCUGAUGUCCUGAAAAGCCUUGGACGACCUCAACCACUCGGAUCAGCGAUCGAGGUACGGUUGUAUGCUGAAGUGCCGCUGCGAGACUUUGCCCCUAGCCCUGGUGUCUUACAACACGUUCACUGGCCAGAGGGUGAGGGUGUGCGAAUUGACACAUGGGUCCGGAACGGACAGAGAAUCACACCCUUUUAUGAUCCAUUGAUUGGAAAGGUCAUGACAUAUAGUCCUGAUGGCCGUAUCUCCGCCCAAAAGAAGAUGCUUGCGGUACUUGCUGAUACAGCUCUUCAAGGGACACAAUCCAAUUUGGAGUACCUGUCAAAGAUUCUUGAAUCAGAGAUGUUUACGAGCGGCAACACGUUGACCAAUUCGUUAUCAACGUUCAAGUUUGAUAGUUGUUCCUUGCAAGUAAUUGAUCCGGGUGUUUUCACAACAAUACAGGACUACCCGGGCCGUAUUGAAGUUGGCCACGGAAUACCUCCAUCGGGCCCAAUUGACGAUCUAAGUGCUCGAGUGGCAAAUAUUCUGGUCGGUAACGACUCUGGUGUCGAAUUAUUGGAACUCACUCUGUCUGGCCCAAAGUUGUUGUUCCAUGAAGCAGCCGUCGUGGCAGUCUGUGGUGCAGAGCUUUCAGUUGCCGUAGACGACGUAUCUCAACCUAUGUGGUCGAGGAUUGUCAUUAAGAAAGGCCAGACACUCGGGCUCGGAAAAGUGACGGGCAACGGCCUCCGAACAUAUCUUGCCGUGAAAGGCGGUUUCCCCCAGAUCCCCAAGUUUCUUGGCUCCAAGUCCACAGCCCCGGAGCUUGGCUUUGGUGGUGUGCAAGGGCGAAAGCUCCAGCUUCACGACAUUCUUACUCUGUCUCCAGAAUCAAGAUCAUGGGCUGCAGAAGCUACACCUUUGUCUUUGCCGUCAAAUUUUAUCCCCGACUUCACUACCAGUGUGACCGUUUGUUGCAUUGACGGUCCGUACGGAUCUGAUGAUAUUCUUACACCCGAAGGACGUACGACGCUGUACGAGACUGAUUGGACAGUCAGUCAUAACAGUAGCCGAAGUGGAAUUCGUUUAGAAGGCCCGCGGUUGAAAUGGGCUCGAGCCUCGGGUGGUGGCGGCGGAUCACACCCAUCCAAUGUGCUCGACUAUGGCUAUCCCAACGGCGGCGUCAAUUUCACAGGAGAAUUCCCAGUCAUCUUUGGGCCUGAUCGUCCAGAUUUGGGUGGUUUCGUAUGCCCAACAACUGUCUGCUCCGGCGAGAUGUGGAAGAUUGGCCAGCUGAAGCCUGGUAACACUGUACGAUUCCGUUCGGUUGCUUAUGACACUGGCCUUGAGAUUUCGAGAAGAAAGGAAAGCUUUCUCAAAACUCUUGCCGCAUUCUCACAGGGAAACACAAGCCCAAUAAAUCCUCUCUCUGUCGAGUUCACCGACGAACCCCCGUCUUCCAUUUUGCAUCAGAAGCAGUCCCAGGGGAGCCAUCCAAUGGUAACAUACCGCCAAGGAGGCGACACGAGCAUCAUCGUCGAAUAUGGCAAUCAGGUGUCGGAUUUGCGCAACACUACCUGCGUACAGGUUCUCGCCAAGCAAAUAUCAGCUCUUAAUCUGCCGAGCGUGCGCGGCGAUCCCAACUUCUCCUCUCUCACUGUUCGCUUCGACCCGUUCCAGGUGGACCGAUCCAAACUCCUUCAGCAGCUCAUUCAAUUCGAUGAUGAAAUAGGGCAGACUACCGGCGUCAAGAUACCUGCUCGCCAAGUACGGCUUCCAGUUUGUCUCGACCACUCUUCAUUGGAAGAGUCUGCGCAACGGUACAUGGAUAACAUCAGACCUACGGCUGCUUACAUGCCGGACAAUGUCGAAUAUCUUCGCAAGAACAAUGCACUCGAGACUCGCCAGCAAGUCUUUGAUGCGCUUCUCAAGACACCAUGGCUGGCUGUUGCCGUCGGUUUCUACGUUGGAACUCCCAUCUUGUUCCCGCUUGAUCCCUGGCAUGUUUUAACUGGUCAAAAGUACAAUCCGAGCCGAGUUUAUACACCAAGUGGCUCAGUUGGCCUGGGUGGUUCAUUAGUAGCCAUCUAUCCUGUCGCGGCACCCGGAGGAUACCAGCUGAUGGGCCGCACGUUGGGUGGAUGGGACGGAACCGGAACUCGCACCGGGUUCUCUGCCGAGCGGCCUUGGCUAUUUAAUCAUCUUGAUUUAAUAACAUUCUACGAGGUCUCUGAGGAAGAGUACAACAAGAUCGAGCGAGAUUUCGAGACGGGUCGAUAUGUAUUUGACAUUACACAAACGAUGCUGGAUAUGGAUGAGCACAUUGCCAAAUUCGACGCCGCUGCCAAGGAUCCUGCGUAUCAGGCCUGGAGGAAGCGUCAAGUUAACGCUGCUCGAGAGGUAGGAGAGCAUGAGCAGCGUCUGUUUGACGAGUGGACGGCAGAAAAGAAUGCACGAAAUAAUGCUUCAAGUACUGAAGAUGACGAUGCUGGUUCUGGAAAUGUCAUCUCUAUCGAAUCGCCUAUCAAUGCCAAUGUCUGGAAAGUGUUGGUCAAGCCGGGCGAUGUACUGGAGAAGGGCCAAACAGUGGCGGUACUCGAGGCCAUGAAGAUGGAGAUUAAUAUAAUUGUCGAUGACGGCCAGGCUGGCGCUGUAGUAACAAAGAUUAGCCAGCCACCGGGAAGUGUAUGUAGCUGCAUCUGGCAUCGUAUCCACCCCGAGAUCCUGCUCGGCUUGCCCCACAGUUGCAUCAUGAGAGGUCGCCCUCGAUUCCGUGUGGCUCCCUGCAAGUACUGUAACAAGGAGUUUAAGCGACAGGAGCAUCUAGAGCGUCACAUCCGCACGCGCAAGUAUCAAUGGGCACGCUGUUACCUUGGUGUUGAUGCUAAGACUUGUCUAGACACCCGGGAGAGACCGUUUGGCUGUGCCUGUGGCCGUACAUUCUCAAGACCGGAUCUCCUAAACCGCCAUCGUCGACUGUCUCAAUGUUCAAACCCAGCUGCGAGCAUACCUCAAGGCACAGCGAGCACAGGCCAAGAAGCCGUCUCUUCCUCUAAGAUUAUCUAUCAGACAUCUCCAGCAGAGGAUGUUGUAAUCUCUCCCUCAGACAGCAGCCAUGGAAGAACACCCCUUAAUCCAGACUUCAUAACCCAGGCAUCUGCGACCCGAGAUGUGUUUAUUGGUCCAACCACCGCGAUGAACAACGCCGCGCCGGUAGAGUAUUCUCAAAAGCAGCUCAUGGGGAAAUUCUCAAUACGCGACCUGGAUACGAGUAGCCAGGAGCAGCAGCCGGACUAUCCUUCUCGUGAUGGUGGUGUUGUGGCUCGCAGCGACAUUAACAUGGACAACACCAUUGAGACGGGAUCAGACUUUACACAGCUUCAGCUGUUCGAUAUGGAUUUCCUUGCAAAUGAAACAGACAUGAUAAGCGGAUAUCUCAUGGACAUCUUCCCAUCAAUGGACUACCAGCAGCCAUUGAUUGAGGAUAUAUCCGACGCUUAUAGCGGCUCUCAAUCACUUCCCACAGGCCUUGGUGCCAAUAGCCUUGAGAUAUCGACUCUUAUGCAAAAUGAGAUGCCACCAUUGCAGGGGAGGGCUUCCGCGAUCCAAUCAGUACCAAGUCAGACAAGCCAGGCGCAGGAUUCACUCGGCCGUUCACUCGACGCAAUUGACGACGUCGUAGCAACGAAUCCAUGGACUGUGUCGGCAGCGGCGUACGAAAAACUCACUGCCGAAGUUGAAAAGCACAUCAGCGUGUUACCAGAGCCGUUCGCACUUCCUAGCCGGCAAACACUAUCGAGAUAUGUUGCGAGCUGGAUGCGAAGUUUUCAUCCUCAUCUACCUUUCAUUCAUAUACCAACAACUUGCCUAGAAGAUAAGACGCCGAUGCUUGUGCUGACUCUUGCGGCCACCGGGUCAUUCUAUGGGUUUGAACACACGCACGGUUACGCCAUGUACUUUAUUGCAAAGUCUAUCAUUACUCAUGAGCUCGAAAAGCGUCGCCGAGCCUCUACCUUACACUUGCUUCGAACUUUUCCAAGUUAUGCCGGGCUUCCGACCGGUUCUCCAGAUGCAACCGCACAGACAUGGGCAUCGCCACCACCCGCAACAUCCGGCUCUGUCGACAUUGAACUGCUACAGUCCCUAUUAGUUCUUGUGCUCACAAUGGCUUGGCUUGAUGGGCCGCUUGCACAAGAUGCACUCGCCAUGAGCAGCCAACUUACAGAGCUGACCCGCGAAGCACUCAAAUAUCCCGUUCCAGAAAUUGAAGCAGAUAACUGGAGUGUUUGGGCUCAUGAAGAAGAGAGGCGACGUACUUUGUUCUCCGCCUACUUUGUGAUCAAUAUACUCACUAUUUGCUUCAAUGUACCACCUCAAAUCACCAGCUCAGAGGUUAACAUACCACUUCCAUCCUCUGAAGCAGAGUUCAAGGCUACCACUUCCAAUGCAUGGCUUAGCUUACGGCAAAAGAGCAACUCUCAUCAGCCGGAUUUUCAAGUCUGUCUGCGGCAGUUGCUAUCCGGAAAGCCGCUUGCGAAAGAAAAUUCUGCUACAGAAUUUGGAAAUUACAUGCUUGUUCAAAGCCUGCUGAUCCAGGUGUACUUCGAACGCCAAGUAUCCUCCGCUGUGUUAAGUUCAUCAACAAGCCUGUCACUGGACACUAUUUCACUCUAUGAGAACGCCUAUAAUGCCUGGCAAUCCUGUUGGGAUUCGGCCAUUGAGUCUGCUUUGGAUCCCAACUCCCCUCAUGGCCCCUUGGCCUUCAACUCGACUGCCAUGCUUCGCUUGGCUCACGUCCAUCUCGCAGUUGGCCUCCAGAGCCACUGCGCUCUCCGCUCACGCGAUCCAAGGAUUGUUGCUCAGGUGUUUGAACCUCAUCAAAACCCCAUUCCCCUCCGCUCUCCUCAUCUAGAUCAGGCGGUUUUCCAUGCCAUCUGCGCGUUGAGGAUACCGGUAAGGGUUGGGAUAGCGUUUGUUGCGCGAGGCCGGACAGGGCAUUGGAGUGUUCAGCACGCCAUCAGCAACUUUGCAUGUGCGCUCCUGCUCACUCAUUGGCUCGAAAAUCUCUUUCACCUGGUAUCUUCCGAUGGGAUGGAAGUCCUUCGAUAUGAGGAGAAGCGAUUGCUUUCUAUUGUCGAACGGCUAAUUGAGGAGACUCAUCUAGAGGGCUCUCUAGGCUCAAAAAAUGACUACCCUCGCCGAAUUCGGCGUCUAGCUAUUGCUGCAGUGAGACUUUGGGCAGAGACAUGCAGAGGAAUACAAGUAUUUGAGAUUGUUCAUGUUGUGGGGGAGACAUUAUCUCUUGUUGCGGAGUCGUUGGAGGAUCGCUUUUAG